AUGACGACGACAUUUGGGAUUGCUGAAUUGGAGAGCAGCCUCGCGGCAUUGCAUCUGACUGCGCCCCGUUCUGUUGUUGAGCCGACUGACAUCUUGACAAAUCCUCUUGAUGUAUGCCGGAGCCUCUUAGCCGAUAUCUUGAGUGGGCUUGUCGAAAGUAGUCCUGAGGCAGCGUACAAAUCAAUACAAUGGCCCAAUAACAUUUACAAUGGUGACCUAGCUGUUGUAUUACCGAAACUCCGCCCUGGCUGCAAGGCUGCGGACCUGGCUUUGGAUAUCGCGCAGAAGGUUCGAACUCUCGUUUCUUUUUUAUUACCUUAUGCAAGUCUAAGUGUCACACAGUUCCCACAGAACCACCCGCUUUUUCCUUUGCCUUUCCUCGAGAAUGUGCAUCUCCGGAUAUUGCUCGAAGUUGAUGCAUUUGCCCGUCUUCUGUUCCCUUUCAUCCUCAAACAUGGGGAUUCUUAUGGGACCGAUGCGACUCGCGGCUUACGGAGUUCGUUGUCGCCGGAUGAGGGACGCAAGAAGCUGGUGGUAGAGUUCUCAUCGCCCAACAUCACCAAUGAACUUCAUGGAAGGCACCUCCGCAGCACAAUUAUCGGCGCCUUCAUUGGAAACUUCUAUGAGAGCAUGGGCUGGGAUGUCACUCGAAUCAACUACCUUGGUGACUGGGGAAAGAAUAUUGCGCUAUUGAAGGUCGGCUGGGAGAGGUUCGGGGACGAAGCAAAGUAUCAAGCAAAUCCCAUCGAGCAUUUGCUGGAAGUGUUUGAGAAGAUCAACAACCUCUUCCAACCGGAAGUGGCAGCGAGUAGACAUGCUCGAGACGAGGCUGCGAAGCAUGGCCAGGACGAGGGUCAAGUGCAAGCCGAGAUUGAAAAUCAAGGUAUAUAUGCUGAAAGAAACACAGUAUUCAAGAAGCUCGAGAAUGGCGACGAAGAAGCCAUCGGAUUCUGGAAACGAGUCAGGGACGUCAACAUUGAGAACUACACAGACUUCUAUUCACAGCUAGGCAUCAGUUUCAAUGAAUAUACCGGUGAAUCACAAGUCAGUACAGAAACAAUGGUCGAAGUCGAGACUCUGCUGAAGGAAGGAAACAUUUGCGAGGAGAGCUCCGGUGCUUGGGUUGUUCACAUGCAACACCACGGGCUCAGAGCUGGUACCGCUAUCAUACGGGGUCGGGACGGAGCGACUACUUACCUUCUUCGGGACCUUGCAGCAAUGAUCGAACGUUCAAGGAAGUACAGCUUCGACAAAAUGAUCAUCGUUACUGCCAACGACCACAAUACCCCCCACUUCACGCAUUUGCAUCAUAUCUUAGUUGCACUCGGCAAAAAGGACCUGGCAGACAAAAUCCAGCACCUGAAGUUCAACGAGACGUCAAACAUGGAAGAGACACUGGGAAAAGGUUACAAACCUCAAGCAAUCAUUAGCCACAUCGAAACGGCUAUGACAACGGAAUUGGAGACCAACAGGCAGAAGAGCAUAAUCUUUGGCGAGCCUGAGAAGAGUUCAAAAGCGCUAUCAAUCGCUUCUCUUCUCGCACAUGAGCUUUCCACACGGACUACGUCUGCCCACUCUUUUGACACAGGGGACAUGACGACAUUCAAGCUCGGAACCGGACCUGAUUUGCAGUACUGGUACGCGAAGCUCCGCACAGUCCUGAAGUCUCGCGAUGCCGAAGUCGAGCUCUCCGAUGCGGACUACGAAUCCUUGGUUGAGGACGAGUCCGCUUCCAAUCUUCUCCGUCUCCUCGCGCAGUAUCCUGAGGUCACCCGCACCACUUAUAAUUCAUCCGUACCCCAGCCAGAUGAUAUUGUGAAAUAUCUGGCUGGCGUGACCGAGCAACUCGCUGAUUGUCUGAACAACGACGAUGACGCCGAAGAUGGCGAACAAAGGGAAGCGGAAGCUGGAAACGAAGCCGAAGCAGAGGAAAAGACUUUCGGUCCGGGACACCUUACACUGUUUGAGGCAACACGCAUUGUGCUAGAGAAUGGACUCAAGCUGCUCGGUAUCACCCCGUAUGCAACCGAAAGCUAUGAUCGCGCCGAUACUCCCAUCGCGGAUUGA